AAAAGCUGCCCUCCCUCUUGGAGCGUGCCUUUCCGCGCCACCCUCGCCUCCCCAAAGCUCCAGCUGGUGCCUGGCUCUCCGCCUGUCCCGGCCAGGCGCUCGGGGCCAGCAGCGCCCCCUGCCUCCCGGCCCGGCCUCCGCGGCCGCAGCCUCCGCUCUCCGCCAGGGCCGCCGGCGGCUCCGCGGCUCAGCCAGCGCUGCCGCUCAGAGGAGCUCGCGCCGGUGCCCGGGUCGCCGCCUCGCACGCCCACAGCCUGCAUCCCCUUCCUCUCUCCCUGAAAGCACAUCAGGCAAGGAGACGGGGAGAGACGAGUCCGCGGCAGAUUAAAUUAACACUGUUUGAAAGAGAACGUUGUUUUCAUCAUGAAUGCUCGUAAAGAUGAUAGAGCAAAGUCCCGAAGCCACGGCUUUUCCCUUUUCCAUGCCUUGCUGACGCUAAGCAUGCCCAUGCUGUGUCUUCCAGUCACUGGGACUUCUAAGCAAAAUCUUCCGCGAGUCAAGCUAACCUACAAAGACUUGCUUCUUUCAAAUAGCUGUAUUCCCUUUUUGGGUUCAUCAGAAGGACUGGAUUUCCAAACCAUUCUGUUAGAUGAGGAGAGGGGCAGGCUGCUCCUGGGAGCCAAGGACCACAUCUUCCUGCUCAGUCUGGUUGACUUAAACAAAAAUUUUAAGAAGAUUUAUUGGCCAGCUGCUAAGGAACGAGUGGAAUUAUGUAAAUUAGCUGGGAAAGAUGCCAAUACAGAAUGUGCAAAUUUCAUCCGAGUACUUCAACCCUAUAACAAAACUCACAUUUAUGUGUGUGGAACUGGAGCAUUUCAUCCAAUAUGUGGAUAUAUUGAUCUUGGAGUCUACAAGGAGGAAGUUAUGUUCAAACUAGACACACAUAAUCUGGAGUCUGGCAGACUGAAAUGUCCUUUUGAUCCUCAACAGCCUUUUGCUUCAGUAAUGACAGAUGAGUACCUCUACUCUGGAACGGCUUCUGAUUUCCUUGGCAAAGAUACUGCAUUCACACGUUCCCUUGGGCCUACUCACGACCACCAUUACAUCAGAACUGACAUUUCAGAGCACUACUGGCUCAAUGGAGCAAAGUUUAUUGGAACUUUCCCCAUACCAGACACCUAUAAUCCGGAUGAUGAUAAAAUAUAUUUCUUCUUUCGUGAAUCAUCUCAAGAAGGCAGUACUUCUGAUAAGACCAUCCUUUCUCGAGUUGGAAGAGUUUGUAAGAAUGACGUAGGAGGACAACGUAGCCUUAUAAACAAAUGGACAACUUUUCUUAAGGCUCGAUUGAUUUGCUCAAUUCCUGGAAGUGAUGGGGCAGAUACUCAUUUUGAUGAGCUUCAAGAUAUUUACUUACUCCCCACAAGAGAUGAAAGAAAUCCUGUAGUAUAUGGAGUCUUUACCACAACCAGCUCCAUCUUCAAAGGCUCCGCUGUUUGUGUGUAUAGCAUGGCUGACAUCAGAGCAGUUUUUAAUGGUCCAUAUGCUCAUAAGGAAAGUGCAGAUCAUCGUUGGGUGCAGUAUGAUGGAAGAAUUCCUUAUCCUCGACCUGGCACAUGUCCAAGUAAAACUUAUGACCCACUGAUUAAAUCCACCCGAGAUUUUCCAGAUGACGUCAUCAGUUUCAUAAAGCGGCACCCUGUGAUGUAUAAGCCAGUGUAUCCGGUUGCGGGAGGACCAACAUUCAAGCGAAUCAAUGUGGAUUACAGACUGACGCAGAUCGUGGUGGACCACGUGGUUGCAGAAGAUGGCCAGUAUGAUGUAAUGUUUCUUGGAACAGACAUUGGAACAGUCCUAAAAGUUGUCAGCAUUUCGAAGGAGAAGUGGAACCUGGAAGAGGUGGUACUGGAGGAGUUGCAGGUGUUCAAGCACUCAUCAAUCAUCUUGAACAUGGAGCUGUCUCUGAAGCAGCAACAAUUGUACAUUGGUUCCCGAGAUGGAUUGGUUCAGCUCUCCUUGCACAGAUGUGCCACUUAUGGGAAAGCCUGUGCCGACUGUUGUCUUGCCAGAGACCCCUACUGUGCCUGGGAUGGAAACGCAUGCUCUCGCUAUGCACCCACUUCAAAAAGGCGAGCUAGACGCCAAGAUGUAAAGUAUGGAGACCCAAUCACCCAGUGCUGGGACAUAGAAGAUAGCAUUAGUCAUGAAACUGCUGAUGAAAAGGUGAUUUUUGGCAUUGAAUUUAAUUCAACCUUUCUAGAAUGUAUACCUAAAUCCCAACAAGCUUCUAUUAAGUGGUAUAUCCAGCGGUCAGGAGAUGAACAUCGAGAGGAGUUGAAACCCGAUGAAAGGAUCAUCAAAACAGAAUAUGGGCUACUGAUCCGAAGUUUGCAGAAGAAGGACUCUGGGAUGUAUUACUGCAAAGCACAGGAGCACACUUUUAUCCACACCGUAGUGAAGCUGACUCUGAAUGUCAUUGAAAAUGAACAGAUGGAAAAUACCCAGAGGGCACAGCAUGAGGAGGGGCAGGUCAAGGAUCUGUUGGCUGAGUCACGGUUGAGAUACAAAGACUACAUCCAAAUCCUUAGCAGCCCGAACUUCAGCCUCGACCAGUACUGCGAACAGAUGUGGCACAGGGAGAAGCGGAGACAGCGAAACAAGGGCGGCCCAAAGUGGAAGCACAUGCAGGAAAUGAAGAAGAAACGAAAUCGAAGACACCACAGAGACCUGGAUGAGCUUCCUGGAACUGUGGCCACGUAGUUUUCUAUUUAAUUUAAAGAAAGAAGUCUUUACCUGCAAAAAUACUGUCUUCUGUUUUGUACAUCCCUUAUACUAAGUCAUAAGAGUUUUCCAUGGAGUUUUGCUGAGGAGCAAGAACAAUAAUCUAAAUAAGACUAUCUAUGGUGAAUAUGGCAUAGUAAGGGCAAAUAAUUCAUCCGAACCAGUUUUCCAUGAACUAAACUUGUACCUGCAAAGUAUCAAAAUUAUCCUCAAAACAGGGGCUUUACAUUUGUAAAUGUUUUAUGUUCUGAGUUUUUGAAUUUAUUAUGUCGUGUAAAUAAUUGACCUAAGCAGGCAUCAAAUUUGGUAUUGUAAUAAGGUGCAUUAUUUCCCUUGCAUGGCCAUUAAGCAUGGAGUUUACCAUGCAGUUGUACUAUAUGUUCUUAUGAACAGAUAUGUCAUUCCACUCGAGAACUGGCUACCUUGUGGUAGGAACUGGAGGGAAGACACAAAUUCAUACAGCUCACAUCAUCACCAGGAACUUUCCCAGUGAGCCAUUCACUUCUGGUGCAUGGUUUGGGAAUUUGCAGAGGUGCAUUAUUUCUUCAGCCCACAAGGGUUCCCUUUAGUGUGCUGCAGCAUUGAUUUACUGAAGGGUAUAAAUGCUCCUCCCAGGAUUCCUUAUGACUUGUCAGGAGUAACAGGUUCACAGAGAGAAGUUGGUGCUCAGUUAUGUGUUUUUAGAAUAUACCCUGAACUUUACAGGGCCAGAGGUUUAAUAAAUAUUUUAAUAAGAUAUGGGAAAACAUUUUAAUAAAAUAAGAGAAACAUCAUGAUGUAUACUGCAUCCUAAUGGGAAGGCAUCCAGAUGGGAUUUGUUAAGAAACAGAAGGAAAGAGAGCCAUAAAUUCUGGCUUUGGGGAAAACUCAUAUCCCCACAAAAAGGAAGAACAAUCACAAAUAAAGUGGGUGAAGUGUAAUGUAGCUUUAUUCACUAGAGUAUAAAUAGUGGUCAAUCUGCAAUCCAUCUGUUAAAAAAAAAAAAAUCCAGAUUAUAAUAAACUGCUAGCAAAAGUCUGAGGAAAAGUAAAUUUUCUAAAGGAUCAUGGGAAGAAUGAACACAAAUUUUAUUUACAACCAAUGGGAUUUUAGUAUGUACUUCCUCUCUUUUUUCUAAAACUUCAUCAUACUCUGUAAAUUAUUUCCAUUUACUGCCUUUAUUCUCUCCUAAAUAUUGAAUUGUUGGAUUUUAUCUGAGUAAGUAGGAAAAAACAAUAUAUACAUAUAUAGGGAGAUAGAAUUAGAUAGACAGCAGUGGUGGGGAUCGGGGGUAUAUAUUUGUUGAAUAACAGAACAAAUGCAAAAAUUUUGACAACGGAAAGGGUUAAAUUAACUCUUUGACAUCUUUUCUUCACACAAUCUUUUUGCAUUUCUGAGAUUAUGUGCUGUAAUUCAAGUAGCAUUAUUUUAGUAAUUUAAUAAUAAAUAAGCCUACUGCAUGUAAAGAAAACAAACUCACAACAUUAACAGAAAUGCUUUUCAUAUUUCGUUAGCACUUUCAAAUGUUUCCAAUUUGACUUUCCCUUUGAAUAUGUUUGGUAUGUUUCCUGUCUGUUUAAGUAGGACUCACCUUUCCUUUUCAGAACACAAAACCCUUAGCCUUCUGUUUUGCCUUUUCACGCCCUUUUUAGUGUGAAAUGAAAAAUUAGUCACUUCCUCACACGGAAGGCAGCUUUUCAGAAAACUAAAUAACAGACAUUGCUCGUUUCUCAUGCAUUCUGCAUGUCUUGAAAGAAAAGCCUGUGAGAACCCAUGUGAUUAGAGGGCAACUUAUUACAGAGUUCAAUAUCAUGUCUGUGACUGGCUUUGUUCAAAACAUGUUCUCUCUCUCACACUAUUUUAUUUUUAUAGCUUACCUAUCUCAAAGUAGUCACACUGAUAUAUAAGGUUAAAUAGCCCUUUUGAUAUGAUACUCAUGAAUAUUUGUAGAUGUUUCACUAUAAGGAAAACUUAAGAAAUGUAAGUUUAAAGAAAAGCAAACCAGAACAGAUCACUCUUUUAAAAAGUAAUGCAUAAGGAGAGUAGCAAGAUCAGACUGCUAAUUGAAUAUCAUAAGAGUGUGUGUAACUAUUGAUUUGCUGGGCUAAAAUGUUCCAGGAACUCAUAGUAAGCUCAAAGCAAAUAUGUGGGAGCAGGUUUUAUUUUUUAAAGAUUUCCAAAUAUUUGUAUAUCAGACAGUAAUGAUCAAAUUGUGAAUGGCUUUGGGAAAAUUACAUGAAUCUCAAAUGUUAGGAUUGACUUGUGAAAAUAAAUUUGGUUUUCAUAAAAUAUGAAUGUCCAAGCCAUUUUUUAAUUACUUCUUUCUGAUCUUAGUUAUUCAGACAAAAUUUGGGGAACCUAUUUUACUUUACAACUAAUAUUCUGGCUGCUUUGGAUUUAAAACUAUUAA